AUGGCAUUUGGUCGGGAAAGGCAAUCACCAACCAAUCUCUCCACUGCCUCCGCCCCCGCCUCAGCCCCCACCUCCUCAGCAGAUGCUGCGUCUCCCCACAAUCUGGCUGCACGCCUACGCAACCUAGCGUCCAGUUUUCCCCGCUUCCAGAGCAUGUUCGACCGCCAGCGUAACACCCCAGCAGCAACAUCAUCUACUCGUGGUUCAAAUCGUACCGGUAUGAAAAUGACGCGAGGUGUUGAAACCUACCAACAGCAGAUCCAGAAACUCGAGGACAUUAUCGCUGAGCUGCUCAAACAGGUAGCGUUCAAAGACGAACAAAUCGCCUAUUUGUCAUCCGAACUGGACAAGUAUCAGUCAGUAUUCAAUCAGAAGCCAUCAGUUCUUGGUGUUGCGCGUUCGUGGGAGGCCAAAAUGGAGAUACGGGGCACCAAAAGUGAAACCGACGGUGGACGCAGAAACCGCGGAAUUGGCAUCUCUGCGGAGCCUCGGGCUCUCAAAAUGGACGAGAAAGAGCAUCCAAAGCACUACCCCAAAACUGCCAAAACUCGGGAGAUACUGAAUCAGGCGAUUUUGGAGAAUGAUUUCAUGAAGAAUUUGGACACCUCACAGGUGGUCGAGAUUGUGGAGUGCAUGUAUUCUGUCAACUUCGCCACAGGCAAUACCAUUAUCCGAGAGGGAGAACUGGGUUCCGUGGUUUACGUUAUGGAAGAGGGAGUAAUAGAGGUUAGUCGAGAAGGCAAUCCGCUUCGCCUAAUUUCCCAUCCAACAGUUUUCGGUGAACUGGCAAUCCUCUACAACUGCAUGAGAACAGCCACAGUAAAGGCCAUCAAUCCCUGUUCUUUGUGGGCAAUCGACCGGAAAUCAUUCCAGGCCGUUAUGAUGCAAACUGGCAUUUUGAAACACCAUCGGCAUUUGGAAUUUCUCAAAAGCGUCCCAACAUUUGCCCAACUGGCGUCGGAGACGCUGGCCAAAUUUGUGGACCUUCUGGAGGAGGUGCAUUACGAGCCGGGCGAGUACGUGAUUCGCCAAGGGGCAAGGGGGGACACCUUUUACAUUAUUGCGUCAGGGCAGGUGCAGGUGACACAAAAUGCACGAUCUUCAACAGAUACUCCACUUUCAUCAACAUCUCCGAAAGAGGAGAAGGAGACCUUUGUCCGUCUUAUGGGUCGAGGUGAAUGGUUCGGCGAGAAGGCUCUAAAAAACGAGGAUGUACGGACCGCCAAUAUAAUUGCGGCCUACCCAAAUGGCGUGGACUGUUUAGUGCUGGAUAGGGAAUCCUACGAACUUUUGGUCGGUGACCUGGGACCCUUAGAAAGACAAUAUCCAGACGAGGACUUACAAAAGCAUCAAGCAGUAAAGUCGCUGAUUCUCGAAUUUGGGAACAUCAGCCUUCAGGACUUAACCGUCGUAGCUACGUUGGGCGUAGGUGGAUUCGGAAGGGUUUACCUCGGGAAGGACAGUUCGCAAACUUUUGCGUUAAAGAAGUUGAAGAAGCACUACGUAGUUUUAACAAAACAGGAGAAGCACGUGAUGAACGAACGCAUUAUCCUAAUGUCCUGCAACUCCGAAUUCAUUGUCCGGCUGUACAGGACAUUCAAAGACCGCAAAUAUCUGUAUCUUCUAAUGGAAGCAUGCCUUGGGGGCGAGUUAUGGACAGUACUCAGAAAUCGCCUUUCCUUCCCGGAGGCAGCCACACAGUUCUACGUUGCUUGCGUCGUGGAGGCGCUAACCUAUCUGCAUUCACAAGGCAUCGUUUAUCGCGAUCUCAAACCUGAAAAUCUACUUCUUGACCAAUAUGGUUACUGUAAAAUGACAGAUUUCGGGUUUGCUAAAAAGAUUGGCUUUGGACGAAAGACGUGGACUUUUUGCGGCACUCCGGAAUACAUUGCUCCAGAAAUUAUCCUCAACAAAGGACACGACUUUUUCGUGGAUUCUUGGUCCUUGGGAAUCCUCAUUUACGAGCUCAUGAAUGGAACACCACCAUUCACUUCUGAAGAACCCAUGAAGACCUACAAUAUAAUCCUCAAGGGAAUUGAUGCCAUCGAAUUUCCACGAAAAAUCACUCGAAACGCUCAGCACCUCAUCAAAAAGUUGUGCAGGGAAAAUCCCACGGAUCGUUUUGGCUAUGGUAGGGGUGGACUGAAGGCGAUUAAGAAACACGUGUGGUUUGAAGGGUUCGACUGGAGAGGUCUUCGAAAUCGGAAUCUCAAACCUCCGUUCGUUCCACAGAUAUUGUCACCAACGGACGUCACAAACUUCGACUACUACGCCUUCGAUCAAGAAGAGCCCCCAGACGAUGUGAGUGGUUGGGACAACGAAUUUUGA